AAACAAUGAGACUCGCAAAAAUGUGCAGCCUAAACGCGCUGGGGAUCUAUUUGUGGGAAACGGUGCUGUUUAUCAGCUUGGCAGCAUCAAAGGAAGCCGCAGCGAGAAAAGCCACCUCCCCAAUGCCACCGUCCGAGUUCCUCGACAAACUCAUGGGCAAAGUCUCAGGUUACGAUGCCAGAAUCCGACCAAAUUUUAAAGACCCCAAAGGCUCCAAAAAUGAGGCUACUCACAAGAAAGGCCCACCUGUAAAUGUAACCUGCAACAUUUUUAUCAACAGUUUUGGGUCUAUUGCUGAAACAACAAUGGACUACCGAGUGAACAUCUUCCUGAGACAGCAGUGGAACGACCCUCGACUGGCCUACAGUGAGUAUCCAGAUGACUCGCUGGACCUCGACCCUUCUAUGUUGGACUCCAUCUGGAAACCCGACUUGUUUUUUGCCAAUGAGAAGGGGGCCAACUUCCAUGAAGUCACGACUGACAAUAAGCUGCUACGUAUUUCCAAAAAUGGAAAUGUGCUCUACAGCAUAAGAAUCACCCUGGUCCUGGCCUGUCCUAUGGAUCUGAAGAACUUCCCCAUGGAUGUGCAGACGUGCAUCAUGCAGCUAGAGAGCUUCGGCUACACCAUGAACGACCUCAUAUUCGAGUGGGAUGAGAAAGGCGCUGUGCAGGUUGCCGACGGCCUGACGCUACCUCAGUUCAUCCUGAAAGAGGAGAAGGACCUGCGGUACUGCACCAAGCACUACAACACAGGUAAAUUCACCUGUAUCGAGGCUCGUUUCCACUUGGAGCGGCAGAUGGGUUACUACCUGAUCCAGAUGUACAUCCCCUCACUGCUCAUUGUCAUCUUGUCCUGGGUUUCCUUCUGGAUCAAUAUGGACGCGGCACCGGCCCGAGUGGGUCUGGGCAUCACCACAGUGCUGACCAUGACCACGCAGAGCUCUGGUUCCAGAGCCUCGCUGCCCAAGGUGUCCUACGUAAAAGCCAUCGACAUCUGGAUGGCCGUGUGCCUGCUGUUUGUGUUCUCGGCCCUGCUCGAGUACGCCGCUGUCAACUUCAUCGCCCGCCAGCACAAGGAGCUGCUGCGCUUCAGACGGAGGCGACGACAUAUGAAGCCUGAGUCUUGGCCUGUGUUGCAGGAGGAUGAGACGGGCGAGGGCCGCUUCAGCUUCCCCGGCUACGGCAUGGGCCCCGCCUGCCUGCAGGCCAAGGACGGCAUGGCCAUUAAGGGCAACAACAACAACGCGCCGACCUCGGCCCCGCCCGAGAAGAGCAUCGAGGAGAUGAAGAAGCUGUUCAUCAGCCGGGCCAAGCGCAUCGACACGGUGUCCCGUGUGGCCUUCCCGCUCGUCUUCCUCAUUUUUAACAUUUUCUACUGGAUCAUUUACAAGAUCAUUCGCAGCGAGGACAUCCACAAGCAGUAGGCGGAGCAGGCGGAGGACAAAAAUGGUCACGGAGUUGGAUGCAGAGGGAUUGGAGAUAUCAUUGCCCACUUUUUGCUCUUUCUUGUCCUCUUCCUGCAGCUUUCUCUCCAUCCUGGUUGAGGAAACUUUGCUUUUUGUAGCAGAUGCCCCUCCUUCACCCCACCUGGCCCCUCAUAGACUUCACAUUGAAUAUUUAUUGAUUUUUUUUUUUUUCCUAAACCCCAUUCCUGCCCUGCCUCCUUACACUUCCUAAAUAAUCUGGAAAAGUGCAAUAGCAAUGCAGUAAAAUGCAUGAUAUAUGAAUGUGGCAAUAUAUAUUAAA